AUGGUCCAACGCAGGCUGCAGGGAGCUGGCAGGCGCUUCCGCCAGACCGAGACCGAGAGAGGUGCUUUACCAUUUCAGAUUUUGGAAUAUCUAAUCAUUCAUCUUCAGUAUCAAAGGGAAGAUGAGCGGGAGGAUUUUUGCAAAGUACAAGGAACACUUGUGGUUUCUAUAGACAUCGAAGAUUCUUUUGAGCAUGUGAAUCAAUCCCAUUGUACAACUGUUGUUUCAGCAAAAGGUGAUUUCUGCUACAAACUCCUGAGUGAACAGAUGCACAGAGAUCUGGAACGCUUGCUGUCUUUUUGCCAGAGCAGGACCCAAAACGAAAGUGGCUGUCCUGGUGAAUCGCUGCACACCACGCCUUUUCGGUUCUCCUUUGAGCUCUGUGAAAACAUCAGAACUCUCAAAGAGGACUGUUCAGCAAUCGGUCAUUUCAUUCAUAGGAUCAGCCUUGUGCACCCAACGAUCAAUUUUCAUUACUGUGUAAAAAUGAAUGGUUCCUUCACUGCUGAGACUUAUAGCUCAGAGAGGAACAGCAGCACAUGUCUGCCAGAUGGGACAAAACUAUGUAUUGAUGGGAGUCGUUUUAUGAGGUCAGUAUCCAGCGAUACGAUCUCUUCCUGUGACAGAAUCCACUCCACAGCGGGCGAGCCGGUUGGCCUCUUGCUUCCAGACGGAGUCGCCAAAGGAGGCUUCAGCGGAGAGCUGAGACUCACCCCUGUUGCGGCCCUGUGGCCCUGCUGGAAAUCCUUCCCGAACCAGCCGGUGAGGAUGGCUGGCCAACAUAUAUUUCUUUAUGACCCAGCUGGCCUGCCCGUGUUGUUCUCCACGAAAGGGACAACAUGUUCUUUCUUUGAUGAUCCUUCGUGUUUAGCAGCAUGGGAGAGAUAUUCCUAUCAGGCAGCUCUGAAUUCAGAUUCCUCUUGGGAAGAAGAUACAGCAAAGCCUGAUGUCAGAUACCAGCUUCACACCAGCCACAAUCAAGAGCCAAACACUCAGGAACAGACACUGCUGCUCUUCCUUUUUCUCACUUACUCCAAUCAAUUUCAGGACAAGCCAGUCUAUAAUUUCUGGGACCGGCGAGUGAUCCUGUCCCAUCUCUGUCCUAUCCUCUUGUGCAGCGAGCGGGUUGUGAAAGGAGCGAUCCAAAGGCUUCUCAAUGGGAUAGUGGAGCAGCACUGCAAAGUGGCUCAGGAACAACAGAAGCUCGCACUCUCUCUGCCCAUCAUGGCAGAAGCGCUUUGCAGCAUAAUUUCAAGCAGCACUGACAAUGAAUUCAGAAGGAGAUGUCUCCAAGGAUUACGGGUUGCAGAUACCCAGGAGCUCCAGGUAACUCUCAGAAAAACCAUCAACAAAGCCAUCCUUAAACAGUGGAAGCCCAGCAACACAUGUGACAACAGAAGGCCGUUGCCUAAAAACAAUGAGGCAGGGCAGCCGAAUACAGACCUUGCUUUAUCCUCCAUCGCCCAGAAGCCACUGUGCACCUACAGUCUUGCGGGACCAGAGCAAGGAGGCAGCUAUGGAGGAAAAGGACUUCUGUUUGACAGAUCAAGCUCUGGUAGGAUAAACAAGACAAAAAAGAGGAAGCCACCAAGUAAGGAGCUCCGCUGGGGCUUUUCGGAAGACCCAGAUACCUCGGGGAAGGCGCACACGGAGGAAAAGACAGAGCCAGGGCCAACAGAGCCGGGCACUGCAAGAUCUUCCUCUUCAUGUCCUGAAACCAGGCCUGCUGCUGUCCUGCACACAAGCCAACGGAGACCUGCAGCGCCAUCUGUGAGCCAAGAUGGAGAUGUGUGGCAGGAUGACGACUGUUGGAACCGGGAGGUCUCAAACCUGACCAAGUGGCCACGCUAG